UGUUGUGUGUGUGUGUGUGCGUGUGUGUGUGUGUGUGUGUGUGUGUGUGUGUGUGUGUGUGUGUGUGUGUGUGUGUGUGUGUGUAUACAUUAUAGAAGGGUUAUUUUGGAUCCAACACAUUUGUAGGUACAUAUGUUUAAUAUUAAUCUUUUGUAACCUGUACAGUAUCUUGUUAACAUGAUAUGCAUGAAUAAACGUCAGAUACCUCACUUACAUUAAAGUCAUUAAAAAGAGUGGAUAUUUACUAGUGUUAACACACAUGCAGAGAAGAUUGAAUUUUCGUAUUGUGAGAGUUGACAUAUUUGACCUGAAUUGUGUCAAAGUAUAUUCCCACCUUCACGCAGCUUUUUGCCAGUGUGCGUGUCUAACUACAAAACUCGUUCUGACUAAUGGUUUAAUAUUGAUCAAAUCUCACCAAACGGUUGCUGUUCAUAACUCGACUAAUUCUUGCGUCCUAACCCGGCCCCCUCUGCCUCCUCGCACCUCACCUCCAUCACACCACCACCCUCUGACCACAACACCGCUCCUCAUGGCUUAGCAGGGAGGAGGAUGAGGGAUUCCAGCGCUUCCUUCGCCGCCUCUUCAUCCUCCUCCUCCGGGAAGCACAGAACCUCCAGGACACUGAUCGCCACCAGAGACAGACCGGGAUCGCUUGGGGGUCCGAGAGUGGAGGCUGCCGCCCUGGACGGGACUCCCAGUCACAGCUCGCACAUUUCGUCUGUCCCGAAAAUUCCUUUCGCCCAAAGUGAUGGCCAUUUCGAUAUCGCCGACUCCUCGCACGUCAACGUUAGCGUCGGAUCAAAAUCAUCCUCUGCUAUCACUACUACGACUAUUAGAAGAUCCGAAGAAAAUCUGAUAUCCUCUGCAGGUCCUGGGAAGCGUCACGUGCCUCUGGCCCUGAACCAGGUUGCAGAGGGGGAAGUGAUGGCUGCCUUUACCCCUCAGCAGGUUGGGGAGUACCUAGUGGAUGUGAGAGUCAAGGAUACUAGGAUACCCGGCAGCCCCUUUAGAUGUUAUGUGUAUGAUUCUCAAGAAAUACGUGUAGGCACCAUUCCUAAUGGUAUUGUAGGAAGGCCUGUGGAAUUUGAAAUUGAUGGAUCAACAGCAGGAUCUGGAAACUUGGAAAUCCUGGUAAAUGGGGGACAUGUCACUUCAUAUGUAAGGAAUUUGGGUCAACAAAGAUUCCUUGCUUCCUUUGUGCCACAUUCUGCCAUUCGCCAUAUGGUUGAGAUGCGCUUCAAUGGAGAGAAAGUUCCAGGUGAGUAA